CAUGUAUAGAAAUGUAGGAUCAGUCCAUUUCGGUGGAGUGAUAAGCCUCCCGUACUGCAGUGAAGUUAGCGACGCGACAUACCCGUCGACCAAUCAGAGCGCUCGGCUCGCACGCUGCGCGGAGGCGAGUCGUGCCUCAAAAAUCCCCACCGAGCCGGCCGGCGGAUCAAACCAUCGAGCAGUGCUGUGCGAGUCGCGUAUAGUGUUAAGUAACUUAUUUUACAAUUUUAAAUAAAUCAAAAUGAGGGAAAUCGUACACAUCCAAGCCGGCCAGUGCGGUAACCAGAUUGGAGCAAAGUUCUGGGAGAUCAUCUCUGACGAGCAUGGCAUCGACCCCACCGGCGCCUACCAUGGCGACUCGGACCUGCAGCUGGAGCGCAUCAACGUGUACUACAAUGAGGCCUCCGGCGGCAAGUACGUGCCGCGCGCCAUCCUCGUGGACCUCGAGCCCGGCACCAUGGACUCUGUCCGCUCCGGACCUUUCGGACAGAUCUUCCGCCCGGACAACUUCGUCUUCGGACAGUCCGGCGCCGGUAACAACUGGGCCAAAGGACACUACACAGAGGGCGCUGAGCUUGUCGAUUCAGUUCUUGACGUAGUCCGCAAAGAAUCCGAAUCGUGCGAUUGCCUGCAGGGCUUCCAGCUCACACACUCCCUUGGUGGCGGUACCGGUUCCGGUAUGGGCACCCUCCUUAUCUCAAAGAUCCGUGAGGAAUACCCUGACAGAAUAAUGAACACAUACUCAGUCGUCCCCUCGCCCAAAGUAUCAGACACCGUAGUCGAACCCUACAACGCGACUCUCUCAGUGCACCAGCUCGUAGAAAACACAGACGAAACCUACUGCAUCGACAAUGAGGCUUUAUAUGACAUCUGCUUCCGCACGCUCAAACUCUCCACACCCACCUAUGGUGAUCUCAACCACUUGGUAUCCCUCACAAUGUCCGGUGUCACUACCUGCCUCAGGUUCCCUGGUCAGUUGAACGCUGAUCUCCGCAAACUGGCUGUCAACAUGGUUCCUUUCCCUCGUCUCCACUUCUUCAUGCCCGGUUUCGCUCCCCUCACAUCCCGUGGAAGCAGACAAUACCGCGCCCUCACCGUGCCCGAGCUCACCCAACAGAUGUUCGACGCUAAGAACAUGAUGGCGGCGUGCGACCCGCGUCACGGCCGUUACCUCACCGUCGCCGCCAUCUUCCGUGGUCGCAUGUCCAUGAAGGAGGUCGACGAACAGAUGCUGAACAUCCAGAACAAGAACUCGUCGUACUUCGUUGAAUGGAUCCCCAACAACGUUAAGACCGCCGUGUGCGACAUCCCGCCGCGUGGUCUCAAGAUGGCGGCCACGUUCAUCGGCAACUCCACCGCUAUCCAGGAGCUGUUCAAGCGCAUCUCUGAACAGUUCACCGCUAUGUUCAGGCGCAAGGCUUUCUUGCAUUGGUACACCGGCGAGGGCAUGGACGAGAUGGAGUUCACCGAGGCCGAGAGCAACAUGAACGACCUGGUGUCCGAGUACCAACAGUACCAGGAGGCCACCGCCGACGAGGACGCCGAGUUCGACGAAGAGCAAGAGCAGGAGAUCGAAGACCACCAUUAGAGGGAGGGGCCACGCCCGCAACUUAGUACAUGCCAUUAUAAUAAGAGUUACUUUUCGUUCGAGUAACAUUAUUGAACCCCGUACUGCGUCACGAGAUAAGCUUCCUAACGUUUUAACAGAUCGCACAACUAAACAAUGCCGGUCAUACUGUACGAAGUACAUUAUGCUAGUAACCACGCUUCCUUGGAAGCUAGGUCUGAACAUUUAAAAAAGCUGAACUAAUAGACACUGCAUCAUGUGUGCAAGUGUCGCGUCUGGCCAAGCGUGCUACUGUGACGGCUUCGGUAACAGAAGUUCUUUUUUAUGAUCGAUUAAAAUUGUUUUGAACAAUAAUUUAAUGUAUAUAAUAAAGAUUUUUUAUUUAUAA